AUGGAGGGACGCGGGAUCGCGCCCGGCCCCGCCCGCGGGGGCCGAGGGCGGCGGGGCCGGGGUCGCGGCGGGGCCCGGGGCCGGGGCCGGGCUGCGGAGCGGCUGCCGCGGGCCCCCGAUCCCGGCCCGGCCCCGGGCCCCGGCCCCGGCGGGCCCGGCCCCGAGGAGGAGCGGCUGCUGCGGGCCCUGGGGGCGCUGAGCCUGCGGCCCCCGCGGGACGGAGGGAGGCUGGUGCUGCUGCGGGGGCUGCCGGGCGCCGGCAAGAGCACCCUGGCCAGACAGCUGAAACGUGACAACCCCACUGCUGUAGUCCUUAGUACUGAUGACUUCUUUAUUGAAAAUGGUGUCUACGUCUUUGAGCCUGAUUUCCUAGAGGAUGCACACAAGUGGAACCAGAAAAGAGCACGCAAAGCAAUGAAGAAAGGGAAAAGCCCGGUUAUUAUUGAUAACACCAACAUCCACGCUUGGGAAAUGAAGCCGUAUGUGAUGAUGGCACAUGAAAAUAGAUAUGAAGUUACAUUCCAAGAACCAGAUACACCCUGGAAGUUCAAUGUUCAAGAGCUGACAAGAAGAAAUAUUCAUCAUGUCCCUCGGGAAAAGAUACAACGGAUGAAAGAACAAUAUGAGCACAAUGUCACCUUCCACAGUGUUCUCCGGUCUGAAAAACCAAGCAGGGAUGAGGGAAGCUGCAGUGGAACAAGUGCAGCUUAUGGGACAGGUCCCCAUCCCACCCACCUUCCUGCCUUCCCAAGGAGGAGACCGGGCUUGGCACGUACCAACGUGACAUUUAACUGAAGAUGUGCAUUCCUUGGUGUUCUAAUUAUCAGGGUACAAGAGUCUCUAGUUUUACAUUUUUUUCUAAACUGUUUUUUAUUUUUGUGUUUUUCUACUAAAUUCCUAAAUUUUAUUUCUUACAAAUCUUUAAAUGGCAUUGGACCAUGCUCUCACAGCUCUACAUGACCACUGUAAGAGCACUGAAGAACACUGUACCCAGUACAAACUGUACUCUGUCUCAUCCCUCUUCCUCCAUGAAAAUCCAUCCAGGCAUAUGUGAAAUGUACUGGGCUCUACCACAUGCCACAUUUUGGGUAUUUUUUUCUGCAUCACAGUCUGACACUAGCAGUAAACAUUCCUAAUUUAUUUCUGUCUUAAAGCCAUUGUGGCCAAUUCUUUCCCCACACAAUUGGCAUUUCUUGCCAUUUUACUGCUUUAUAUCUGACUGUAUAAACUUUUUGUAUCUACUGUUAAUGCCUAGAGCAUUACUGUAACUUUCAGAAGCAAAGUGAAUGAUGGCAAAAGUAGCUCAACAGAUUUUAGCAAGAUUGAUGCUGUUCCCUUUCUCCACUGACUGGAUUCAUGCUGCCCUUACCUUAAACACAAACAGCUUCUCCAGCCUGCAAGCAAAACACUUCAACAAAGCAAACUUAGCUCUUCAUCUUGCCAAGACAUAGGAGUUCACUGAUCCCAAGAUGGAGAGGCUCCUGAAAUGAAACAUUAGUGUUAGGCUUGUGCUUGUUACCUCCUAAGUGGGAACAGGGCUACAGGAGCAGCUCUGAACAGAUGAAGCAAAAACACAGACCAAGGAGCUAUUUAAUAAUAACUCUGCAUGGCAUUUUGCUGUGAGUCAAAUAAUCAUAGCUGUUCUUUAAACCUCCCUUAGUGCUAUAUGGAAAGUCUGAGGAGAAAAGUACAAGAACUGUGCCAAAAUAGCAGAGCAACAUUUCAGAAUUAAAGUGUUCUGUUUGCUGAAAAUAAGAGAACUCUUUAUUAUGUCCUGUGCCACUUUGGACAGCCAAACAACUAUUCUAAUGUUGCAGGGGGUAACAAAACUGAUGGCUUUAGACUGAAACAAAGAUCCUGCUGUAAUGUAAGAACACAGAAUCAAUGGCUUACAGAAUGUCAUCAAACCCUCAGCCACACUGAUGUUAUUGUACAAUACAUCUUUGUGAGAAGUGUUUACAUACUAAACUUCAAACUGUUUUGCAAAUGAAGUGUUAUUUAAUGAGUCUGUUUUUGUAAUAGAACUUUAUUAAAUACAAUCAAGUUUUAAUGUACAAAGUGUAAAAAUAAUUUGAAUUUGAAAUAUAUACAAUUCUGUACAUGUGCAUUA